AUGGACAGAACACAGAUGUUGAAAACCGUGGAAAGCUUGAGAGACCAGCUGAGAAUUUCGCGUUUGCCGGUUUCUAUAUGCAGCAACGAGUAAGUAAACCAUGAUCUUGUCAUUUAAAUUUGUAAAUCACAAGUUUAUAUCAUGAAGCGAAUAUUAAUUUGGGAGACGGUCUACGUACGCCGUUUAUCGUUUUCCUUUUAAAUUUUCGCUAAAGAAUUGUGCCAGUAAGUUAUUUUUUGCGACUUAAAUAUCCACAAAGUUUCAUGCAGCGAAUAUAUUUGGCUAAAUAGUGUGUUUUCAUAGAAGAAAUCGGUUUAUGGGCGGUUUUUUUCGACGGCUUUAACAUAGCGAAAUGCUUAAUCUUUACUACGGCUGAAUCACCGAAAUCAGUGUUCAGAGAUUAAAUCAAAACUGUCUGUGUCAUUCCCAAGAAAACAGUUGAAUUUUCCGACUAUUUUUUUAAUUUCUCCGUGUGGUUAAAUGGACAUGUGCCCUUUUUUUAAGUCAGGGAUACCACAAGCCGAACUAGGAGUGAAACCUUGCUGCAACCUGCGUUAACAAAGCCUUUCAAGAGACAGGUUGAAUUUACUUUGUGUUUAUGAAAAUCGCGUUUUGCCUUGAAACUCUUCUUAACUAAAAUCCUUGAGGAGGACAGCUGAAAAAUAUAUCACUCUAAUUGAGAAGAAAACCCCUCGAAGAGACCUUCAUUUUCACCGAGCGCUUCUCAUCGACACGUUCGAAUCGCGAUAACAUGAAUCCUUCACGCGCUUUUCUUCAGAACGGGUGAACUUUACAAUCCUUUUAGUGAUUGACACUUCUUUUUUAAUUAUUCCUUUCAGGUUAAAGGAGUAUUGCACACAAAAUGGCACAAAAGAUCCCCUUAUUCAUCCACCAGAAAGACGGGAAAAUCCAUUCGCGGAAAAACCGAAAUGUACCAUACUUUAACAAA